AUGGCCCUACCGGCUCGAUCAGCCGUUAUUGGACUCCCGUGUCUGACGAAAAUGAUAAAAACACACAAACUGCCUUCUUCCGUGGCCGCAGACUCCGGGGGCGACGUGUUGCCAUCCCAGAAGGAUACCAAGGUGAGACGAUCCUGCCAGGCCAUGCCCACAGAGCGUCUUCUACCGUCAACUCAGAAUAAGAGUGCGAAUGAAGAAGUUGAACAGGAUGACCCGGUCAAGGUCCUGGAGAAGCAGGCUACGUUCGAUGAGAUUGUAGUAUGGGGGCAUGAAGCCGUACCUGCAUCCGACGACACUUUCGUCAAAGGAGUGGAGGAGUGGGCGAAGAUGGCUAAGGUGAUGCAUUCACUGCCUAGCAAUGAGAGAGCAUCCCAGUGA